UAGGAGCCAUUACGGCAUAGCAGUUCAACAAUAACAAGCGGCAAGAGAGGGGCCUGUAUUCACUUGAUGCCAUGAAUAUGCCUUGCAUCACCAUGGUUGGGGCGCCCCACCUUCUACUUGGUGCCGUCACCAAAGCGUUGAGCGAUGCAGCCAUUUCCUGUCGAUAUCCGUCAGAUAGGACAGAGGUGUUGAAAUGUGAGGUCGCAAGUGACUACAAUAUUAAUGGAGGUAUGGUCCAGGAGGCACCGGAAUGCAGGGGCAUUGCCUUGCAAUAUUAUCUUGUAUUUAAAUCUCUUGCGAAAAACCACUGGGAGAAGUUUAGCGGUUAAAAUUGAAUCACUCAG